AUGACUGAAAAAAGCGUGCUUAUCGUUGGUGCUGGAGUGUUUGGGCUAAGCACAGCGUACGAGCUGUUGCAAGAUGGAUACAAAGUCACAAUCGUUGAGCAGUCAGACCAAAUUCCUUCUGAGAGCUCCAGUUCAACGGACAUUUCCAAGAUUGUCCGCGCAGACUACAGCUCAGCCGUCUACUCAAAGCUCGCAGCAGAAUCGAUAGCGGAUCUUGAGAAGAACUGGACAGAGGCUGGCUUCUUCCAUCAGUGCGGGAUGGUUGUUCUAGGGGAAAGUGACUACGCUAAGGCGUCUUACAAGCAUGUGAAAUCUAUGUAUCCUGAGCAGGUGCGUUUGCUCGACCAAUCUUCCAUACAAGACGUCCUGCCGAAGAAUGUUCCACUGAAUAGCCUCACGCGCACAGCAUAUCAAAACAAAGCAAGCGGAUGGAUCGAGUCUGGGAGAGCUACAGCCGAAUUGGCCAGACGCUGUGAGGAAAUGGGUGCGACACUCAUCCCUAAUUUCACCGUUGGCCGUGUUAUUUGGAGUGGUGACAAUGACAGAGUUGUAGGCGUAGAGAGUGCUUCCGGAGAGGUACUUGAUGCUGCUCUUACCAUUAUCGCGUCAGGCGCGUGGUCCACUCUGCUCGACGACCAGAUCAACAAGAUGCUCCUCGCGUCUGCGCAGUCUGUGGCCAUGAUUAAGCUCACUGAAGAGCAACACGAGCGAUACAAAGACUCCCCUAUCGUCAUCAACCUCAAUACCGGGAUUUAUAUGUUUCCCCCCACUUCCACGCGCUAUUUCAAGGUAUCCAAGCAUCACGCAGGGUACAUCAGUAGAGAGCGCAAUGCACCAGUCUCGAUAGAUACCAAACGCGAGCAACUAGGUGAAGACGAGCCUCCACUGUCCAUCUCCAAAAUACCUAGCGUGAUGUACGACGAGCUCCGAAAUGGUUUGAAAGAGGUUUAUCCGGAGAUAGCUAAUGACUCGUCGCUGGAGUGGAAAACGAGGAUGUGUUGGUACUGCGAUGCUCAGAACGGCGAUUAUAUUAUAGAUUACCACCCCCUUUCCAACAAGUCGCUCCUGUUCGCCACUGGCGGCAGCGGACAUGCCUACAAAAUGUACACUGUUCUCGGCAAACUCGUCAAGCAACGUAUGGACGGUACACUGGAUGCGGAGAUGAGCGACAUGUUUAGUAUACAGCGCGAUACAGAGCAGGUGCCUGUCGUCGAUAAAAGCAGAUUGGACACAGUCAGGCGCGAUUUUUCGGUCGCGUUCAUGGCUGAAGGCCAGCAGCAGCCCAAAUAG